AGAUAUAUAUUUUGUCAUUGCGAUUUACCCAACAGAAAAGCCUUCUUUCUUUCUUUCUGUCUCUCUCUCACAGUCCUUUCACUUUCUCUCUCUUUCAUCCGCCAUGGGAAGAAUCACAGCUAUCAUGGGAGCCAUUAAAGACAAAGCUUCCCAAUCCAAAGCCGCCUUGCUUUCUAACCCCACAACCACCUCUCUCAACCUCGCCGUCCUACGCGCCACCACACACUCCCCCUCCGCCCCGCCCGACCUCUCCGCUCUCCUCUCCCUCGGCAACAGCUCACGCGCCACCGCCUCCGCCCUCAUCUCCGCCCUCAUGGACCGCCUCCACCGCACCGGCGACUCCACCGUCGCCCUCAAGUGCCUCCUCACCAUCCACCACGUCAUCACCCGCGGCCCCUUCAUCCUCCAGGACCAGCUCUCCAUCUUCCCCGCCUCCGGCGGCCGCAACUACCUCAAACUCUCCGCCUUCCGCGACGGCGCGUCCGCCGCCACGCUCACGCUCUCCGCCUGGGUCAGAUUCUACGCGCGCUACCUCGAAACGCUCCUCUUCGCCUCCAGAAUCCUCGGCUACUUCGUCUCCGCGUCCUCAACUGCCCCCGAGAAUCUCGGCCGCGACGAGAGAAUCUCGGCGUUUUUGAACCACGAUUUGAUCAGAGACGUCGACUCGCUCGUCGUACUCAUCGAAGAAACCUGCAAAGCUCCCGAUUCCUUCCUCUUAGAAAGCAACAAAUUAAUCCACGAAAUCAUGCGUUUGUUAUCCGAUGAUAACUUCUCUAUCCUCGACGAAACCUUAUCGCGACUCACUGAGUUGAAACAGCGGAUGGAUUGUCUGAGUUUCGGUGACUCGGUCGAGUUGGCAUUGGCGCUCAGGAGAUUGGAGGAUUGCACAGAGAGAUUAUCAGUUUUGUUCACCGAGCAGAAAUCCUCCAUUGAAAAUUCAUCGAGUUUAGCGAUUGAAUUGAGAGAGAAAAUUGAGACGUCUACUAGGGUUUGUAAAGAGAGAAGGUUACUGAGUUUUAGCAGAAAAUGUGAGUCGGCUCGGUUCCCAGCCCGAGUCGCAAAUUUUGAACACAUGGUACGGAUUUCAUCGGAUAAAUAUAUAAUCGAUAAUAAUGUUUUAUAAUAAUAAUAAUUAUUAUAAUUAGUAUUGUAAUUGUAAUUAUUUCUUUAUUUGAGUGAUAUUUUUUUCUGAGCAAA